UUUGUUCAGCUCCGCCCCGUGUCACCUGGCGGUGGCCUCUCUGCCCACCGGCCUCAGAGCCAGCUCUGGCUGUGCCGAGAUGGGGCUGUCCCUGCCAGGGCUAUGGCUGAAGAGGCUCUGGGUGCUCUUUCAGGUGGUCCUGCACGUGGCCCUGGGCAAAGUGCUCCUGACACUGUUUCCCGGGAGAGUCAAGCAGGACAUCCUGGCCAUGAGUCAGAGGACUGGCAUGGCCCAGAACCCCCACUUCUCCUAUGAAAACUGGAUCCCCACCUUCUUCAGCACCCAGUAUUUCUGGUUCAUCCUGAAGGUCCGUUGGCAGCGACUGGAGGACACGACCGAGCAAGGGGGUCUGGCCCCAGACUGCCCCGUGGUCUGCCUGUCAGGACAGAGGUGCAACAUCUGGGACUUCAUGCAAGGUAACAGGCCUUUGGUGCUGAAUUUUGGAAGUUGCACCUGACCUUCAUUUAUUUUCAAAUUUGACCAGUUCAAGAGACUUAUUGAAGAUUUUAAUUCCAUAGCAGAUUUUCUCAUCAUUUACAUUGAAGAAGCACAUGCAUCAGAUGGCUGGGCUUUUAAGAAUAACGUGGACAUCAAGAAUCACCGGAAUCUCCAGGACCGCCUGCGGGCAGCCCACCUGCUGCUGGACAGAAGCCCCCAGUGCCCUGUGGUGGUGGACACAAUGAAGAACCAGAGCAGCCAGCUCUACGCAGCGCUGCCCGAGAGGCUCUAUGUGCUCCAGGAAGGCAGGAUCCUGUAUAAGGGUAAACCUGGUCCAUGGAACUACCAUCCAGAGGAAGUGCGUGCCGUUCUGGAAAAGCUCCACAGUUAAUCUGGACAGAUUCCCCCUGUUACAACAGGAGGGCUCCUCAAGGCUUGACUCGCUCCCCAACCCCAUCACAGUUGAUGUUUACGUCUUGAUCUGUGUCCCCAGCUGAAUCACUAGCCCAGAUUUUUCUGAUCUAAGCGAACAACUGUUGCAAUGAGAAAAUGAAGCCACAAGAAAGUUGGGUGUUAAGGUACAAUUCCACACUGCCCCUGUGGUGCAGACCAUGUUCAUUGUAUGUUCAUUUCAUUCUUGCCAAAAGAUUUAAAACAGAGGGUGGUGCUGGUGAUGAGUGGUGGGUUUCCAUAGUAAUAUAUCUUCAAUUCUACUGUAGAAGAAGAGAGUACUCACUUUACCAUCUUUGAAUUUAUUUCAUAGAAAUCUGGCUCUCUGAACCUGGGAAUCUUCCACCAUCUUCCCUUAUCAAAAGUCACCUGUGGGGAGGACUGGAUUCCUGAAAACAUUAUAACCUUGACCAAACUAGAUAACAGGCACCUCAAAGCUGUCAUUCAGUUUUACAGAAGCUCGUAUUUGAAAUUCUGUUUCUCUGAUUUCUUCACAAGUCUCUUAACUGUCAUUUGUGUUAGAUGACAUCAGACUAAUGGAUAACCAUUGGUAUUGAUCUGUUUUAACUCUGCUUCUUUUCAUAUUUGUUUAUGACGGCCACAGCCUAAAGUACACACAGCUGUGGCUCGAUUUGAAAGAAAAUGUUUUAAGAUGCAGCAAGUUAAUACAGAAUGAUUAAAAUGUAUUGGGCUAUUUUGGUGGCUUCAGUGUCAUCUUUACACUGUCUUUGCUAAUUUGUGUCAGCUUGUUCUAUGUUUUAUGAUAGACCAAUGUAAUCUCUUCAGCAAAAAUACCAUAUGCUGGAAUGCCCUCCUUUGGCGGAAAGAACACUUGGUCUCUAUGUAUUACUAUACUAACAAUGUCUUGCCUUGUGAACUGCUAGAGAAUGGUCACAUUGGAAUCAAACUGCAUUUACAACAUGGCAUAAAAGCAUGAGCUUGGGAGAUAUUUUUCUAACAUGAAAACACCUUCUCCUUGGCUCUGCCUUAUUUGUUACAAUGGUAUUAUUAAUGUUGAUUAUUAAUGUUGCUAUUUUACUCUUUUAAAAAUAGUUAUUAUUGAUUAUCUAUCAGGCACAAGCACUUUCAGAUAUGUAAUCUUAUUUAAUUUCUAUAUAUUUCAAAGAGGAGAUUAUUAGCCCCAUUUUACAGAUGAGGAAAACAAGGCUCGGAGUUAAGUAACUUGUGGAAGGUCUGGGAAGGUUAUCUCCAACUUCAAACCAGAGUCCCAGCUCUGCACCCUGCUGGCUGUGUGACUGUGGUUAAGCUGCUUUGGUAUAUUAAACUAUGAAACAAUAUAUCAGCAGUGCCUACCCUACAGAGGACUGUGAGUAAAGCACUCCGAAUUGUGCCUGGCUUGGAGAAAAUGCCAUUAAAGUGCUGGCUAUUAUUGUUACCAACAUUAUUGUUCCCCAACUGCCUCCUUGGGUCCCCUUUUUAGGGGGUAGGGGAUGG